GCCCAUCCCCACGGAAGGAGGAAAGCGAAGGAGUGAAGUCCACACGCGCACCAACCCUCCUCCUUCCUUCUCCCACGCGCCCCUCGCCGCCCCCUCUCCGGAACUCCAGCCUCUUCUAGAUUCCUCCCUCCUCGCCGCUCUCCCAUCCGGCCAGGGAUCAACCGCCGCCUGCCCGCAGAAGCCUCGACACCCCGUCUGGUUGUCGCCCCCGUCUUCGGCGAAUGAGAGUUUCAAAGAAUGAUCCAUGUCGAUAAAUGCAUAGCUGUGCCUGAUUGCCUGGAAAGAAUUAGGCUUUCACUCCAUAGUUGAGUAGUGACCAAUUUCUUCAUAAAGGGACAAAAACAGCGUGAAUCAUGGGUGGAUUUUGCUGCUGCCUCCGCACGGAGGAUUUUGAGGAAUAUGUUCAUCCAAAUAAUCCUGUCUAUAGGCAAUGCAUAUCCCUAAGGCAUUUUUUCCACAACAUUUUUGGCGGGCAUACUGCAACAUUUCAGAGGCUUGACUCUAGGCCAAGCAACCCAGCUCAAGGAGCUCCUCCCUUGGCAUCCACUAAUCCAAUUACCAAUAUAACAGACAGUUCAUUGUCUGAAACUUAUCACCUUGUUUCUAGACCACCCCCAUAUGAUACUGAUCCUAGAUAUGCCCGAGUUCAAAGGGAGGGAUUAGUAUCAAGGCGUGAAAAGUCUAUAAAUCUCACCCAGGAAGAGUCUCCAGUUCUUAGACGAAAUGGCAGCAGCUCUGGCGUUGAGCAUUUGGCUGCUCAAAAGAAAUGGAGCAACACUGAACUGGAGGGUGAACAUAAAGUACGCCGCUCCGAGUCAACCAAGAGUCUAUCUGCAAAAGCAUAUAACAGUGGCUAUGCAGUUGCCACUACUGAAGACGAAGAUGUCUGCCCUACCUGUCUGGAAGAUUAUACCCCGGAGAAUCCAAAGAUUAUAACCAAGUGCUCCCAUCAUUUCCAUCUAAGUUGUAUUUAUGAAUGGAUGGAGAGAAGCGAUACCUGCCCAAUGUGUGGGAAGGAAAUGGAGUUCUGCGAGAGCCCCUGACAGAAACUUGUGUGCCGGUUACACCAGGAAAAGGCAACAAAGCAUCAAGCAGUAUGGGAUGCUGGAGAGUGUAAAUAAUAGUAGUUCUCUGCUUCGUAACAGAUCUCUUUCUCGAGAUCAACUUAUGUGUGGACUGAAAUCGUUAUCUAGUAAAAGAAAUCAUGCUGGAUUUUUCUUGUCCAAUAUCUGAAUAGAUUUUGAAUGCCAGACUGCCAGUUCGAAGGUGGAAUUUUAUAAUACCUUUUCAAGUGUUC